AGACAGACAGAGAAAGACAGAGAGAGAGAGAGAGGGAGACAGAGAGAGGGUGGGGGAGAGAAUAAGGAUUGGAUCCUGUCUGUUCUUCCUUGAGGAAAACCGCCAGAGGGGAGACGAAGCGUUAAGAGGGCAUAAAAGAGAAAAAGAGACAGAAUGGGGAAUGAGAAUUCUAGGCCUGAGGGAGACAAAGGAGAUGUGGAGCCAAACAUCCUGGCAAGCGUCCCCCAGGAUAGUCCCUUGGCCAGGAUGCUGAAGGAUUGGAAAGAUAAUCCCUACACCAGGUCCAAGGAUAAGAAGAAAAUGAUGAAGUAUUGUUGUUCGGUAUGGACCAGGGAUAGCAUUGGGCCACCAGCCGUCUUCUGGCCAUGCUAUGGAUCGGAAGAGGACUGGCUGUGCCAGAUGUUGAAAAGCUACGUAAACAACAAGCAACCUUUCUCCCAGGAGGAAUCCGAAUACGCCUCUUGUUGGAAAGGAGCUGGCAAUCUUGGCCUGUUUGACCACGGGAGGGCCACGAUGGGAGCUCGAAAGGAGGGACCCAUGGCUCGGGACUCUUUGCCCCCAACCCUUGAUGGACCCCAGGGUCAGGAGCAGGAGGGAGCCUCCAGUCCGGCUGUGUGUUUCAUAGACCAGGCCACUGUGGGACUGCCAGAACUGGGCCCUGGUGGACAAUCACACCCAGGCUUGAGAAGGGAGGUGGGCCAGGGUAUAAAGCCCUUUGACCCUUUGGACUCUUUGCCCCCACCACCCCCUUAUCAGGAAGUCCCCAGUCCGGUUGUGACCCCGCUACAAGCGGAACCUGAAUCAGGUUUUAGUGGACAAUCUCAUCCAGGCUUGAGAAGAGAGGCGGGGAAGUUUAAAGAGCCUUGGGACCCCCGGGACGCUUUGCCCCCACCCCCUUAUCAGGAACAGGAGGGAGCCCCCAGUCCGGUUGUGCGUUUCAUAGACCAGGCGACUGUGAGACCGUCGAUUCCGCUACAGCCGGACCCUGAAUCAGGUUUUAGUGGACAAUCUCAUCCAGGCUUGAGAAGAGAGGCGGGGAAGGUUAAAGAGCCUUGGGACCCCCGGGACGCUUUGCCCCCACCCCCUUAUCAGGAACAGGAGGGAGCCCCCAGUCCGCCUGUGCGUUUAAUAGAACAGGCGACUGUGGGACCCGGCUUGGGAAGGGAAGUGGAACAGUGUGAAAAGGGUAUCCCGAAUUUUCCCUCCCCACACAAAGAUAGGGAAAGGUCUUCCGCUGGGCAGGAGGACCAAUUCAAUGAGGACAGGCUCCCUCUGGGCUGGAGCCCCAUAAGCUACCAACCAGUUGCCUUUGUCAACGAUCCCUUGACCCGCAGCGAGGUUAGGAGUUUCAAGCAAGACAUGAAAUCCUUCACGGAAGAUCCCAUUGGCCUGGCCGAACAAUUGGAUCAGUUCUUAGGGCCCAGCCUUUACACCUGGGCCGAGCUGAUGUUGAUUUUAAGCAUCCUCUUUUCGGAAAAGGAAAAAGGCCAGAUCCUAAAAGCCGCCUUGAAAGGAUGGGAGAAGCGCUAUCCUCCGGGAGUUGGGGUCAUGCCGGGAAAAUUCCCCGAGGUGGACCCUGGGUGGGUCCCCACGAACCUGCUUCACAGGACUUAUUUGGUCAACCUCCGGCACCUGAUCAUCCAAGGGAUCCAGGAGGCUGAUCCAAAUAAUUUCAUUAAAGCCCUGGAGAUCUCCCAGGGGAAGGAGGAAUCUCCAUCAGCCUUUUUAGAGAGGCUGACCGAUCAGGUGAGGAGGUACGCCGGCACGAAUCUGGAAGCCCCCCUGACGCAGCAGUUGCUAAAAGUUUAUUUCGUGGCAAAGGCCUGGCCAGAUAUCCGAAACAAAAUCCAGGAAAUGGAGGGCUGGCACUCUGAAACCUUAGCAGACCUUCAGAGAGAAGCUCAAAAGGUCUACGUGGAAAGGGGAGAAGCAUGA